AUGAAGUGGUGGAAAGUGAUCCUGUUGGUGGUGGGGCUCGCUGCCCUCUUUAGUUUGGGCAUCAUCGUAGGACACUUCGCCAUUCCCAAGAAGGCUGACCAGCCUGAGUCAGCUGGCCCGGCCAGUCCCUCCCAGGACCUGGAUCAGGAAGUGCUGGAGACUGUCAUGGCUCAACUGGAUGCCAACAGGAUCCAGGAGAACCUCAGGGAGCUGUCCUUGGAGCCCCAUAUGGCCACCACCGCGAGGGAUGAAAAUCUCGUUCAGCUCCUUCUGCAGAGGUGGCAGGACCCUGAGUCGGGGUUGGACUCUGUUGAGGAGGGGGUCUACGAGGUGCUAUUGUCCUUCCCUAGCCAAGAGCAGCCCAACACGGUCCGAGUGGUGAGUCCUGAGGGAACCACUCUCUUUACUGCCCAGCGGAGUGAAGCAAACCUUACUGGGGAGCAAGCAGACCCAGAGGUGGUGCAGCCUUAUGCUGCUUAUGCCCCAGCAGGGACCCCUCAGGGUCUUCUGGUCUAUGCCAACAGAGGCGCAGAGAGUGAUUAUGCCUACCUGAAGGAACAGGGCAUCAACCUCACUGGCACCAUAGCCCUGACCCGCUAUGGUGGGGUGGGGCGAGGAGCCAAGGCUGUGAAUGGAGCCAAGCAUGGGGUGGCUGGGCUUCUGGUCUACACUGACCCCAGGGACAUCAAUGACGACCUGACGUUACCUAACGAGACUUUUCCCUACUCCUGGGCACUGCCUCCUUCAGGAGUGGAGCGUGGUUCUUAUUAUGAGCAUUUUGGGGACCCCAAAACACCCUACUUUCCUGCUACCCCUUUUGCCUUCCGCCUGGAGAAUGAUAACAUCCAGGGCUUCCCCCCAAUUCCCACCCAACCUAUUAGCUUCGAGGAUGCCCAGAAACUGCUUUGUAACCUCGAUGGGUCUGUAGCUCCCGAUUCCUGGCAGGGGGCCCUGGGAUGUGACUACAAACUGGGACCAGGUUUCCUGGACACUGGGACUUUUUCUCAGGACAGUGAGGUGAAUGUCACUGUUCACAACCGGCUGGAACUCAGGAAUUCCUCCAAUGUCCUGGGAAUCAUCCGGGGGGCCGUGGAGCCUGACCGCUAUGUUCUAUAUGGGAAUCAUCGAGACAGCUGGGUCCACGGGGCUGUUGACCCCAGCAGUGGCACUGCUGUGCUCUUGGAGAUCUCCAGGGUGUUGGGGACCCUGGUGAAGGACGGAAAGUGGCGACCCCGCCGGUCAAUUGUCUUCGCAAGCUGGGGAGCUGAAGAAUUUGGCCUCAUUGGCUCUACUGAGUUCACAGAAGAGUUCUUCACCAAGCUGCAGGAGCGUGGGGUGGUUUAUAUCAACGUGGACAUCGCUGUGUUUGCCAAUGCUACCCUGAGGGUACAGGGGACUCCACCUGCCCAGAGCGUUAUCUUUACUGCAGCAAAACAGGUCCCAGCACCAGGGAAAAGCAGCCUGACAGUUUAUGACAAUUGGCUUCAACAUAACAACCGAAGCAGCCUUGCUCAUGGUGUCAUACCCAGCCUGGGCACGCUGAGCUCCGGAAGCGACUAUGCCGCCUUUGUCCACUUCCUGGGAAUCACCUCCAUGGACAUUGCCUAUACUUAUGACAAGAGUAAGACUUCAGCCCGGAUCUACCCCACCUACCACACUGCCUUCGACACCUUCCAGUACGUGGAGAAGUUUCUUGACCCUGGCUUCACCAGUCACCACGCAGUGGCCCAGACAGUCAUUAACAUCCUGCUGCGUCUCAGCGACAGCCUCCUGCUGCCCUUCAACAUCAGUGACUAUAGUGAGACUCUCCGGAGCUUCCUCCAGGCCGCCCAGGAUGAUCUGGGGCCCCUCCUGGAACAGCAAAGCAUCGAUCUGGGGCCUCUGGUUUCAGCUGUUGAGAGGUUUGAACAGGCAGCAGCUGCCCUGGAUCAGCGCAUUGAAACCCUCAAGAAGAACCUGUCUGACCCCCUAAAGGUCCGGAUGGUGAAUGACCAGCUCAUGUUCUUGGAGCGAGCCUUCCUGAGCACUCGUGCCUUCCCCGAAGACUACUACUACAGUCAUGUGCUCUGGGCCCCUCGAACGUCAGAUGUAACAACAUUCCCCGGCCUGGCCAAUGCCUAUGAGGAAGCUGCAGAGAACCCAGAUGACCCCAGUGCCUGGGCCAAGGUCAAGAAGCAGCUCAGCAUUGUUGCAAUGGCAGUGGAAGGGGCAGCAGCCACCCUAGAGCCUGUGACUGACUUCUGA